AGCCUACAGAAGGGCCAACGAGACUUCUCUUCUAUACAUCAACUAAAACCGGCUCGUUUAGAGGUCCCGAAAGCUUCUUUAUCCUGCUCUGCUCUCUCGACUCUGGUUCAAAUAAUCUCUUUCUUCUUCUUGUGCAUAUUCUUUUUAUGCUUUCUGGUUUCUUCUGUCAGGUACUUAGGUGCCUUUGCUGUUGAAGUUUAAUGUCUAGGCCCUUAGAACAUGAUUACAUAGGCUUAUCAGAGGUUUCUUCCAUGGAAGACUCUGAGAAGAUUUCUUCUUCCUCCUCCACUGUUUCUACCGAAGAGGAGGAGAAGAAAAAUGCACUAAACCUCAAAGAGACUGAGCUCAGACUUGGGUUGCCUGGUUCUGAGUCUCCCGAGAGGAAGGCUGAUGCUAGGGUUGGAAUUUCCCUCUUGGGGAGGACAGUGGAGGAUAAGAACGGCUACUCACUUAGUGUACUGAAAAAUUUUGUUUCUGGGGCUAAGAGGGGAUUCUCUGACGCUAUUGAUGAUUCUGGGAAAUGGGUUUUCUCUGGGGCGCCUAGUGGAUCUGAGGUUGAUUUGGGGAAAGGAGCUGUAUUGUUCUCUCCGAGAGGUGGAAAUGGUGGCAAGUCUCUUGCUGUUUUGGAAAACAGUAACCAGCAGCCGGCUUCGGCUGUUCCUGCGCUCAAAGACUUUGUUCCACCGUCGCCCAAGCCGGUCCAGGACAAGAAGCCCCAGAUUUCUGCCGCAAAUGACCAUGUUGCUCCUGCUGCGAAGGCUCAAGUUGUAGGAUGGCCACCAAUUCGAUCUUUUCGGAAAAACACCAUGGCUACCAACCCAGCAAAGAACAAUGAUGAUGCUGAAGGAAAGUCAGGAUCUGCUGGAUGUCUAUACGUUAAGGUUAGCAUGGAUGGUGCUCCAUAUCUGAGGAAGGUUGAUCUCAAAACCUAUGGCAGCUAUACAGAGCUUUCAGCAGCGCUUGAGAAGAUGUUCAGCUGCUUUACUAUUGGGCAGUGUGGUUCUCAUGGAGUACCAGGUCGAGAUGGGCUAAGUGCAAGUCGAUUGAUGGAUCUACUCCAUGGUUCUGAGUAUGUUCUAACUUACGAGGACAAAGAUGGUGAUUGGAUGCUCGUUGGUGAUGUUCCAUGGCAGAUGUUCACCGACUCUUGCAGAAGGCUGAGGAUCAUGAAGGGUUCAGAGGCAAUUGGACUAGCUCCGAGGGCCAUGGAGAAGUGCAAGAGUCGGAACUAGCGGCACCGCCAGGGGAUUGAAGUUGAAUGAAGCCAAAGGCAUCUCUUUUCAAGUGUUUUUUAAUCGGAGUACCUAGAACAAGGCCUUGGGAACGGGUUCUGAAGUUGGGUACUCUGUUUCCUAAUCAUAUAUUUUCUAUGUAACUUUGAGGUUUGAUGUCUUUCAUGGACUGGGGAAAACAAAAGACUUCCUUGUAGGCUGAAGCUGAACUGAAGGUAUCAUUCAUCUCUACGUAUGUAAAUGGUUUCUCUUUACUCUUGAGACCUUGUUUUCCAUCCAUUGACGAUGGAAAUUUUAAGCUAAAGAGAGCGUGAUUAAUGUCA